UCAUCCGUCCCGUCCCUCUUAUCAGACGCACUUUGACGUAGGAGUCGCGACCGAUAAUAUCGAAGAGGCUGCAGCGGCUAUGAGAAUCGCGGUGAUCGGGGCCGGAGCGGCUGGCCUGGCGGCGAUCAGGAGAUCCUGCUGCAGCGCCGAGGUCGUCUGCUACGAGAAGAGCGACAAGGUUGGUGGCACGUGGGUCUACGUGCCCGAGACCGGGAACGACGCCUAUGGUUUGCCCAUACACUCGAGCAUGUACGAGAGCCUAAGGACAAAUCUUCCAAAAGAAGUAAUGGGAUAUCCAGAUUAUUUGAUUCCUGAAAAUCGUAAAAGUUACAUUCAUCACGAUGAGAUUCUCGCUUUUCUCAACGAUUAUUGUACACAUUUUCAACUUCGUGAUAAAAUAAAAUUCUUGCAUAAUGUCGAGCUGGUGGAGCCGAUAGGGGCCGAAGAGAAGGGAACGGGGAGCAAUUGGAAGCUGCGCGUCCGCGACUUGCGCAAAAGCACGGUCACGGAGGAGUUCUUUGACGCCGUUAUGGUGUGCAACGGACAUUAUUUCAAGCCGUCCUUACCCAGGCUCAAGGGCCACGAGACAUUCAAGGGCCAACAGAUGCACAGCCAUGAUUAUCGACGUCCCGAGCCUUUCGCCGACAAGCGCGUCGUCGUCAUCGGCGCCGGACCUUCAGGUAUGGAUUUAGCCUUGGAAAUUUCAAAGAAGGCUAAACGCGUCAUUUUAAGUCAUCAUUUAAAAGAGACGAUCUUGACCAAGUUUCCUAAUAAUGUUGUACAAAAAAAAGAUGUUGUCGAGUUGAAGGACAAUUCAGCUGUUUUUCAGGAUGGGACUAGCGAAGAAGCUGAUAUAAUAUUUUAUUGCACGGGCUACGAGUACAGUUUUCCUUUCCUUAGUGAAAGCUGCGAGAUUAAAGUCAAUGACAACAUGAUAACGCCUCUGUGGAAGCAUGUGAUUGCCAUUGAAAAUCCUACAUUGGUUUUCAUAGGAAUACCGUUUUACGUAUGUGCUUUCAGUAUGUUUGAUUUACAGGUGCGAUUUGUGCUCCGUUACUUAAAUAAAGAGAAGGAGCUGCCAACGCGCGAUUCGAUGCUCCUCGACGAAUCCCAGGAGAAGAACAGUCGAUUUAACAUCCGCGGCUUCACGAAGCGCCAAUUUCACAUGAUGGGGCCGCUGCAGGCUGAAUACUACGACGAUCUCGCGGAUACUGCGAACAUCGAGAGGCUUCUGCCCGUCCUGUCCAAGCUCCACAACGAGAGCAGCGACCGCUUCCUCGACGACUUAGUGCACUAUCGCGACGAUCGUUACAAAAUCAUUGACAAUGAAAAUUACCAGCAACUCAAUGAUUAAAGAUUAUGGAUGAGCGGGGAAGAUUGGCGGUAGACGGGUAUCGAGAAGGUGAUAUUGAAGUUAUACGAUAAAGCUGAAUGUAACGGAGUAAUUUUCAGCAAGCGAGCAAUUUUUUACGACUACUUGCUCAAAUUGGCAGUGAGUAAGUGUGUACGUA